AAUCCAGCAACUAUCACAAGAAUACUCCUUAGCCACUUCAACUGGGAUAAAGAGAAGCUGAUGGAAAGGUACUUUGAUGGAAACCUGGAGAAGCUCUUUGCUGAGUGUCAUGUUAUUAAUCCAAGUAAAAAGUCUCGAACACGCCAGAUGAAUACAAGGUCGUCAGCGCAGGAUAUGCCUUGUCAGAUCUGCUACUUGAACUACCCUAACUCGUAUUUCACUGGCCUUGAAUGUGGACAUAAGUUUUGUAUGCAGUGCUGGAGUGAAUAUUUAACUACCAAAAUAAUGGAGGAAGGCAUGGGACAGACCAUCUCGUGUCCUGCUCAUGGCUGUGAUAUCUUAGUGGACGACAACACAGUUAUGCGCCUGAUCACAGAUUCAAAAGUUAAAUUAAAGUAUCAACAUUUAAUAACAAAUAGCUUUGUAGAGUGCAAUCGACUGCUAAAGUGGUGUCCUGCCCCAGAUUGCCACCACGUCGUCAAAGUCCAGUACCCUGACGCUAAACCUGUCCGCUGUAAAUGUGGGCGCCAGUUCUGCUUUAACUGUGGAGAAAAUUGGCAUGACCCUGUUAAAUGUAAGUGGUUGAAGAAGUGGAUUAAAAAGUGUGAUGAUGACAGUGAGACCUCUAAUUGGAUUGCAGCGAACACAAAGGAAUGCCCCAAAUGCCAUGUCACAAUUGAGAAGGAUGGCGGUUGUAAUCACAUGGUCUGUCGUAACCAGAACUGUAAAGCAGAGUUUUGCUGGGUGUGUCUUGGCCCUUGGGAGCCACAUGGAUCUGCCUGGUACAACUGUAACCGCUAUAAUGAGGAUGAUGCCAAGGCAGCCAGAGACGCACAGGAGCGGUCCAGGGCAGCUCUGCAGAGGUACCUGUUCUACUGUAAUCGCUACAUGAACCACAUGCAGAGCUUGCGCUUCGAGCACAAACUGUACGCUCAGGUGAAGCAGAAGAUGGAGGAGAUGCAGCAGCAUAACAUGUCCUGGAUCGAGGUCCAGUUCCUGAAGAAAGCAGUCGAUGUCCUCUGCCAGUGUCGUGCCACACUCAUGUACACUUAUGUCUUCGCUUUCUACCUCAAAAAGAAUAACCAGUCCAUUAUCUUCGAGAAUAACCAAGCAGAUUUAGAGAAUGCCACAGAGGUGCUUUCGGGCUACCUCGAACGAGAUAUUUCCCAAGAUUCUCUGCAGGACAUAAAGCAGAAAGUACAAGAUAAGUACAGAUACUGUGAGAGUCGGCGAAGGGUUUUGUUACAGCAUGUGCAUGAAGGCUAUGAGAAAGACCUGUGGGAGUACAUUGAGGACUGAGCAUGGCCCUGCAUAAAAUGAACUCUGAACACUUUUCCAUCUAGAGUGCUCAUGCAAUUAAAGCAAACACAACACACACAGACAAGGAGGCACUGAGCCUGUUCCGACACCGCUGGUCUGUAGUGCCAGAGUUCUGUUUUGUUAACGGAAAGUUUAAGUAAAUUAUAUUGUAAUAAAAAAGGUAGAUAAACCAUUGUACAACAGUAUUCUAGGCCGCCAACAAAAGUGUGACAGACACACUAAAAGCCCUCCAACUUUAACUUGUAACGUAGCUUCAUUCUCAAAGCUGACUCCUUUUUCGUUUUCUUUUUUCUGAGUGUAGUACAGUUACAGUUUCCAGCAGCUCCUUGACACGGCUUUCCUGUCCCAGCCAGCCAUUCUGUUGUACUUUGGUGAAGGACCUCUUCUCCUCCCUGUCCUGCACACACAGACACACCCACACACAGACUGACUCUCUUUUUCUCAUACUCCAAGUCAUGAGUGAAUGAUGAUUAUUAGUUCCUUGCAAAGAAAAUUCUCGGGAUGGAGAAAGGGUAGGUAGGCAGCAAGAGGAUUAAACAAACAAAAAACAAAAAAACUUUGUAUAUGACUUUUAAAACAAGAGGACAACACAGUAUUUUUCAAAAUUGUAUAUAGCGCAUAUGCAUGGACAAAGCAAGCGUGGCACGUGUUUGCAUAAUGUUUAAUUACAAAAAAUAUUUAUUCUUUAAAAAUCUUCAAGAUUAUGUCUAUUUGCUGUGCAUUUUCUUUCAGUUUGCUUUAUCUUUCUAGGGUUGGGGUGGGGAUAAAAGGUGUAUUGGUUUAGCACCUCUGGAAGACCUACAUAGAGCUCUCCGAUUUCCCUUUCCUGAGGUUCCUUGGCCCUUUCUGGUUUGGGUAUGUCUGUGGAUGGCCAUGGGCCUCCUGCCUCGAGUUCUCUCUUGAUCAGGGACAGGGAGGGCAAGCUUGGACUCCAUCCAUGGCCUGGUCAGCACUGCAGCCAGGAGUUGUGUUGCUGCAGUUCCUGGGGGAUCGGAGGCCACGAGGCCACGGGCCUCUACCCACGCUCUUGUGUGCCAGGUUACGCACACAGCCACAGAUUUCCCAGGCCCCUGCCACAUCCAGAGGAGGCAUUUCCAAAUUUCUUUUUCUUUUCUUUUUUUGUUUUCCCAUAUUUGCUGCUUUGAGCCUUUUAAGAUUUUAAGUUAUGGCUCAUCUCUCACCCCUUCUCUAAGUUAGGGUGUCAAAUAGAAUGUUUUUGCUUUAAAUAUAAAUAAAUAGCCAUUCACUUAGUCUCAGAUUUUGGAUUUCAAACUGGCGGAUACUGAUAUUGCUCGUGUGUGUUGCCGUGGGUUCAGUUUGAAGGCGAACACCCCUAGGACAUGAUAUUCUCAUCUAGUGCAUUUAAAUAGGAAUCACCAAGUUUGCUUCUUUUCUGUUGUCAGCAGAUAGAAUUAAUAAUGCAUUUUAGCUGUGAUGUCCAUUUUUAUGAAAUUUCUACCAAGAGCUAUGUUAAAAGUAAAGGAUGGUGGUGGUUUUAUUAACUCUAUACCUGUUUAGACCAUUCUAGCUUUGGUCAUUUUCAACAGUUAAGCAUCCCUAAAUCUGUCAGUUUUAUAUAGGAGUGCAGAGUGAACUAGGCAACUAGAUUAAGAGGUCUGACUAGGAAAUGCCAGCUUUGGCCGAGGACCUCUUUGUCUUCCUUGAAUUGCCUGUGCCUAGGGAGUGUUUACCGCGUGCGAGGCAGCUGUGUCUGCUCUUGCAUCGUACAUCCUAUUACUCCAUUGGGAAGUAGGCCCACUUUCCUCUGGCCUUUUGCCUAAGUUAGGCUUUGCUGAGUCAACCCUACUUUUCCUUUUAGAAAAGGUUGUUACCUGAGAUAUACUCACAACUGUUCUUCUCCCAUCAGAGAUCAGUGAGUGUUUGCUGAGUCUAUUAUGCUGCUUUCCUGAACAUGUGUCGCUUUAGGAUCGACUUUACCUGGACCUUUGCUCCUUCCUUCCCUUGCCACCUCAGGUGCACAUCUGAACUCAGCGUCCGCUUCUUCCAUGUUCUCUUUUCCCCUGCACCCCUUCUCCGCCCCGUUCUCCCAUUUGUUUGACUUUAUUUCACUUUACACAACUGCAUCAAUCUUAAAGGACAUUUAUCAAAACUAAGGUUUUUUUUUUUUUUUUUUUUUUAAGAGAGAGCUGAAGUUCCUUUCCCUGGUAACUUUGAAAAGCAGCCAGAACCGCUAUCUAGAUACAUGUGGCUCCCUUAAAAUGCUUUGUGUAUGUGUGGUGUUUUUAAAGAAUCUUAACAGUUAACUUUGCAGUAUCUAGGUUUGAAUGUCAUAAAUCCUCUUUACGUGCUCCCCUUGCAACAAGUACCCCGAAACAGUGUGUGCACUCCACGCAGUCCGCCCCGCCUGCGGAGGAACAGUGCUUUUUAGAGAUGCUUUGUAGUUUCCGUGUUGGCAUACUAGCUGAGGGCGUUGCAGUUGUGAGUGCACCCCUACUGUGUAUAGAUCAAGGUAACCCGGCCUUGUUCCACUUCCAGGCUUUCAACAGCUAUCUCCAUGUUUGACAUGAUCCUCAGAGUUAAUUGCUUUCGAUGUUAGUAGCUUCUGUGCCCCCAGCUGGAUCGGCAAGCCAUAUUGUGUGACAGCUUCCCUGUUUCACCCACCGAAGUCUUUCUAUCAGAGGGCUCUAUUCAUAGUCAGCACCAGGGUCUCCCUGUCUUCUCGAGGUCAACUGCAUUGUCUUCUGAAAAGUGCAUGCCUCGCUGGAACAACUCAAUCAGCAGCUGACGGACUUACAUUGACUUCUAAUAGAAUUUUGAUCCAAAGCUCAGGACACAAACCGCAGUGGUAAAAUCGAGUAGCAUAUAAUACCAUCAGACUAAAUUCUGUAUAUUUUGCUGCAACCCAGGUUGUAUGUGUUUUAUGUGUGUUUAAAUAAAUAUAUUAAAUACACAUGUGUAUACAUACACACAUACACAACAGAUCCAAGACUGACUUGAUUUGAAAUGGUUGACUCUUCAGUGUAUUAGGUGGUUCAGUCAUGACUGAGAAAUGAAAUGUAGCACGAGAGAGAGAAGGACUUAAUGUACAAUGACACAUUCUUUUAGCUACAGAUCCCGGUAUAGAGCACUUGGGGAUGGGAUGGGGAGGGUUGGUGAGACAAUCAGAUCGAUAAAUUGAUUCAAUGCUCCUAACCCUGUAAUUUUGUGCAUAGAGCACCCUGUGCUGUGGAAAUAACUGUUCUUAGAUUUUCAUUGUAACUGGACUGUUCAGGUUGCCCAGAGGGAAAGAACAUUCCUAAUUCUAAUAAAAUAAACUUUUAUUUUGUUAUUC